GUGCACUAAUACAAUAAUACAACCUUUUAAUUUUACACUCAAUAAAACUCAAUAAUUUUUGAUUAAGUACAAAUUAAAAACCUAUCUUUAAUCUUUAUCAAGUCUUACACAGCAUUAGGCGUAUUUUAAAGUUUUUACGGAGCCAUAGAAAAUGAAGGCUUUAGUGCUGAUAUUAGCAACGUUGUUAAUCCUUCACACAUGUGAGUCGUACAUUUUACUGACCGCCAACAUGGAAGACGUCCACGCAUUGGCCAAACAGUUGGCCGCGUCUCCCGUGGUUGACCAGGUCAAGAGGCUGUGGCGGCGCGCUUCCAUGCAGUUCCAGAAGAAACUGAAACAGACUCGCAGGCAAGGCGGGAAAUCUGUCGAGGAAGAGCACGACGGGGAAACGGAAAUCGAUCGACGCACAAGGAGGAUCAUAAGAGAUCUGGUAGCUAUCGGAAAAGAAUCUGGUUACAUCGAACCUAUCAAGCAGGUCCUGCAAAAGUUUAGCAAAAAAUAAAAUACUUUGACCUUGGAUGGAAUUCGCCCAAAACUUUGACUCAAUAAAGUGUUGAAUUACUGUGGCAAUGAACUUUUGAAAAAAUUCAGGUAAUAUUUC